ACUGAUUGGUGUUUGCAUUGCAAUCCAAAACACAAACAAUCAGUAAAUAGACUAACGAUUAGCGCAUUCAAUGUGAAUCUCAUUUCCCAUUGAAUAGCAUUCAGUCACUAAUUGUUGAGUCCAUUUGAAAACGAUUCACGAGUUUAUCGUAUGAUUUGCGUCCAAAAUAGCACUCAUUUUCAGUUGAAUCGCGAUUUGUGUACCAAAUGAUUGACACAAAUAGGAGUUUCCACUGAUUUUGUGGUCAUUUUGUGCUCAUUUUGGCACUAAAUUCACAUUCAGUUUGACAUUUGAUUUGACACUUCAUUGCAAUUAAUAUUGUUAUCCAUUGAGAGAGACUUCGUGUCUGAAGACACCAUUUUUAUGAUGACUUUAACCACAUCCUCGAGAAAGCGCGACAGAAGUAGUCCCGAAGACAGCGAUUAUAUUCCGUAUUUCAUCACCAUUGGAUCCGUUCACUAUCGUCACGUUCACCAGCGAGCGAUGCGGGCACUGGUAUUGGUGCUGAUGGGCACCCAUUGGAACCAUCAUUGGGUGAUGACUGGACGAGAUGUCCAACCCAUUCAUCUGUCCGCCAAUGAGCGCGUCGUUCAAAUCGCUGGCACUGCAGAGGUAUGA